AUCACAAAAUCACACUAAAAACACACUUUUGCCAUUUCUCAUAUUAUAUACAUCAUCGUUAAAUAUAUAUUGGUAAGGUAAGGUCUUUAUAUAAAAUAAAACUAGGCCAAAUUAUAGAAUUGUUUGCAAAAGUACUUCUCUUUCUUUCUUGAUCUAUCUGUUACAAAAGAUGGCAAAGCUGAAAAUUAUAGAAGUGUGCAAGGUAGCUCCCUCGCCUGCUAGUAUGGCAACUACCUCUUCCUCCUCUCCAAACUCUCUCCAUCUUACUUGUUUGGACCUAAUCUGGCUAAGGUUGCCACCAGUUCAACGUAUCUUUUUCUACGAGCUUCCAAACUUAGAGGAUCCAAAUAGAGAUACAACUCUAUUUUUCCAUUCAGACAUUCUUCCAAGGCUCAAACACUCCUUAUCUCUCACCCUCAAACACUUCCUUCCUCUUUCCGGUAACCUCAUUUGGCCCGAAUCCUCCUAUAAACCUCUCAUUCAUUACAACGAUGGCGAUGAGGACGUCGUUUCUUUUACUGUGGCUGAGACAGACGCUGAUUUUCACCAUCUAUCAGGGACAAAUGAAUUCUUAGAAGCAACAGAAUACCAUCCUCUUAUCCCCAACUUGGCAGUGUCUCCCGACCGAGCCGCAAUCUUGGCAUUCCAAGUCACUUUGUUCCCCAACUUUGGAUUUUCCAUUGGAAUGGUCAAUCACCAUGCGGCAAUAGAUGGAAAAUCAGUACACAUGUUUCUGAAAACAUGGACACAUAUUUGCCAAUCCCAACAACAACAACAAGAGUACAACUACAGUUAUAGUCCUUUGGAGUUGAAACCUUUUUUCGACAGAACUGUGAUUGUGGACUCGAAAGGGAUUGAUGCAAUCAUAGCCGAACAACUUCAAGAAUUAGACGGAGGACCUCACAAUAGAAGCUUAAUACCAUGGAAGAUAGAAGUUCCAACAGGUGCAGUUAGGGGCAGUUUCCAAUUGACACGAGAGAAAAUAAACAAAUUGAGACAAUUGUUGAAUGUUCAUAAUAAUAGCCUUCUUCACUUAUCUACAUUUUGCCUCACAUAUUCAUAUAUAUUAGUAUGUUUGGUUAAGGCAAAAGAAUUACACAAAGAUGGCCAAAAAAUAAUUUUUGGCUUUGCUGUGGAUGCUAGGUCUCGCUUUGAGCCUCCUUUGCCCGAAACAUACUUGGGAAACUGUGUUGUAGGAAAGUUUACAGAUGCAUAUGCAAAAGAUUUGGCUGGGGAAGAUGGUCUUUUCCUCGCUGUAAAAGCCAUUAGUGAUGCUAUAAGAAGUUUGGAGACGGCGAAGGAGACUAUUUUGUAUGGACUAGAAAAUAUGGUUCCUUUGAUUUUAAAGUCGCUUGUAGAAGGUAAAGGUAGUCAUGAUGAAUUCUACAGCAUAGCUGGUUCACCUAAGUUUGAGCCUUACAACACUGAUUUCGGAUGGGGAAGGCCCAAAAAAUCGGAUGUGGUUUCAAUUGAUAAAACAGGAGCAAUAAGUCUUUCUGAUACUAGAAAUGGAGAUGGAAUUGAAGUUGGGUUGGUAUUGAAGAAACAUGAUAUGGAAAGUUUUGCUUUUCUAUUCCAAAAAAGUCUUGAGUGAAGUACUAUAGAAGCAAAGAGAUGUAUCCUUAGAUUAGUUUUAGAUUUUCAUUAGAGUUUUGCUCAAUUUGUAAGAAUAAUUAAACUAUCUGACUUUUAAGUCUUUUUUAGGAUUACAUAAAAUUGGCCAUUAAGAGUUUCAUUUUAAUUUCUUUAUAUUUAUAAUAAAGUGGUUGUUCAACUUUGAAAACUAAAAAA